CAUCAGUCACUCCCUGUCAUCACCAUCGUCACACAUGAGCAAGCCCUUGGCUUGGAGUACCUCCUUUCACUAUCACUACGUAAAUACAGGCUAACCACCACCAUCACCUCUCUCUGUCUCUCUCUUUCUUAUCAACAGUAGGGCAGCCAUGGAAGCUGCUGUUGUACGGAGGCCGGAAUCAUUGCUGUCGACAAGGCCGCGGGCGGUUUUUUAGGACGGAAUUUGGGGAGUAUGGUCCCGAUCUGCGUUUCUUAUCCUGACAGAAUGACGCUGGGGGAGAUGCCCGUCCGACGCCCCCAUCUGGCAGGAUCCGGCGAGGAGCUCCGGCUAUAAAUAGACCGAAGCGGAAGAGGAGGAGGAGGAGGAGGAGGAAGAAGAAGAAGAUUCUUUCAGCCGAAUCUUGACGAUUUUCUCCAAUCAGGCCGCUGCCCAUUUGUUAUCUCGCAAAACGAACGAAGACCCACAUCGGGGCAUCGCCGAAGGGCCAGACCAGGGUCGGGGAUGGGGAUCGGACGGCGGCUUCUGCUGGAGCCGGGCCAUCUGUCGGAGGGGAGCAGGCAGCCACGGGGCCCGUACACCAGCGAUGCUAGCUUCGACACCAACAUGGUGAUCAUCCUCGCGGCGCUCCUCUGCGCCCUCGUCUUCGCCCUCGGGCUCAACUCGAUCGUACGGUGCGCUCUCCGGUUCGGCCGCCGCGCGGAAGCCGGCGGCGGUGGGAACGGGAGUCAGGCGACGGGGCUCAAGAAGAAGGCGCUGAGGGCGAUUCCGGUGACGGAAUACUCCGGCGCCAACAUGCCGGCGACGGAGUGCCCCAUCUGCCUCGGUGAGUUCGCCGAGGGGGAGAAGGUGCGGGUCCUACCCAAGUGCAACCACGGCUUUCACGUACGGUGCAUCGACACGUGGCUCGGUUCCCAUUCCUCGUGCCCCACCUGCCGGAGCUCCCUGCUCGCCCUCGCCGCCGGCUCCUCCAGACCCGCCGGGAACCGGCCGGAGCCGCCUGCUCCCGUUGUCGCUACCCCUGGGCCCCCGCCUUCUUAGUUGAACAAACUUCCGAGGCUCCAUCUGCAGUCCCACUUCCGGUAGGUUUUCUGUUUUUUCUUUUUCUUAUUUUCUUGUUUUUUUUUAAUUUAAGAUCUUUGUGGUAUUUGAGGUGUACAAAUAUCCGGUCAUUGUAUAGAUGAAUGUGUUGUGAAUAAGCCUUUGUUCAAUUUAUUUCUUUUC